AUGGAUAACCAGCAUUGGGACGGCGAGACUGAUUUUCAGAAGGUGUUUGAUUUAAUUCUUCAAGUGGUUGUGAAUGGGAAUUUGAAGCCAGAGCAAAUGAUCAAGAGGCUCUUUGUGUUCACCAGCGACCAAGACUUUGAUGAUGCUUCUUUCAAUAGCUGGGAGACUGACUAUGAGGCCAUACAGAGAAAGUUCAAGGAGAAAUGA